CGACCAUAUAUGUGGGAUCUUAGACCAUAGGUAUUUGGUUAUUUUUAAUUAGCAACUAUCGUAGGUGAGUGCACGGAGGCAUGAACCGUCUCAUUCUCUAAUUGGAUUUGAAUAAAACACGAAUUCAAAUGUUGGAGUCUUUUGUAAAUAUGCUUUAUUGUAUACUCACACUUAUAUUUGUAUUAGAGAAUGUGUUUUCAACACAUUCACAAAGUUCUGUUAAUUGGCUGAAUUUGGAAUCAUGCGACUAUGGAGAUACAGUCGAAAAUUUAUGUAACAAGUGUGUAUGUACAGCGAAAGGGGUGUACCAUUGCAAGGCCAAAGGAUGUGAUAGAGUCCCAGUAAUCUACUUAAAGAAACCAACAGCAUGUCAACCCAACGUAGUAUACAAUCAGCUCUUCACAAGUUGUAUAUGCUCAGCAGAAGGUCAAUGGCCUCACAAAGUCUGUUACGAUGUCUUCGGUCAUCUGCCAAUGGAGUCAAUCAAGAAAAAGACAUGUGAACCCCAAGGAUACGUCCAAGUUGAGUGCAAUAUAUGCAGAUGUAAUGACAAUGGGGAAGUAGAUUCUACGCGUUGCACUAUCAAUGAAUGUGACGUAAAAAUGCCUCAUUUCAGGAAGAAUACCGAAGGUGAAGCAAAAAAAAAUUUAUUCGGACAGUGCAUAGUGAAGAACUGGUAUUCUUUGGCGCCAUGCCAGUUUUGUUACUGCGUCGACACCAACAAGCUAAUGUGCAGCACCAGUGUUACACAAUCUAAUAGACAAGGUCAAAUGAAUUUAGGGCCGACUACCUUAGUACACUGCGGACCUGGACUUUUGAAGGAGAUUGCUGCCUUGGUCCCAAAUCAGAAGAAGUUCAGAAGUCUACUAUCAUCCAACGAAGAUGGAGUUUGGUCGAAUGGUGUGGACGUUAAAACUAGUCAAAAUAGUCAAAUAACGGAGGCAACUACACAAUACGACCUAAAGGUUGAGAAGAUAAAUAAAGGACCAGAUGAUCAGCUGGCUUUGCUGGCUCAGAUGGCUUAUUAUGAGGUUGCUGAUGCAGACGGUAAAGAAAACAAAAUGAACGCAGAUGAUAUGACAAUAGAUUUCAGGGCUCGCUUUGAUGCUAACAGUCCGAGAAUUAGAAAACAAAACGGAGGACUGCCCAUGACCUUUAAUUAUGAUCCUUUGGAUGCAGUGAGACGAUCGCUGAAAUUAGUUAAAGCCGGGGAGUGUGAACCGGGGACUGCUAUUAAUGUUAAAUGUAAUUUAUGUCAUUGCUUGAAGAAUGGAAAAAUGCUUUGUACUGACAAGAAAUGUCAUUGAUAAGCGCCUUAUGUUUUUACUAAUAUACAAUCAGAUGACAACCAAAACUCACUAAUUACUAAAUAGCACAAGUUCAGUAAAUUACUAAAGUUUUCGCAAUUUAUUUAAUUAAUAAGUAGUUUUGGUUGUCAUCUGACGAUACAUACUCUCUUUAUUUUUAUUUCCAUGGCAUAUUUCUUGGUCCCACAGAAUGAUUCUGGUAGACGGUUAUGAACCAGUUUCGAAACAGGAAUUAAGGGCUUAUUUAGACGGCGUGCGAACUCGCAUGCGAUUUUAGUUACAUUGUGGACUAUUGGUUACGUCCAAUUCAACCGACCGAUAAAAAACCGCAAUGUAAUUAAACUCGUAUGCGAGUUCUCGCAUCGUCUAAAUGAGCCCUGUAAUAAUUGCCACUCGUAAAGUAACUAGAAAUAUUCUUUAAUAGAAAAAAACCGACUUCUCAAAAUAGUUAGAAAUGCCAUAUAAAUUAUUGGCUAUUUAACUGAUCACCAGAUAUAGUAAUCCACUUCGUCACCUUUUUCUGGUAGCAUAUUUCGUUUCUGUAAGGGUCGCAGUUCUAGCCUAACCUAACCUUAGGUACC